AUGCUAUCCUUUAUCCUCAUCCAAAACCGACAGGGCAAGACGCGUCUCGCCAAAUGGUACGCCCCAUACAGCGACGAGGAAAAGAUCAAGCUCAAGGGCGAAGUCCACCGCCUCGUCGCGCCGCGUGACCAAAAGUAUCAGUCCAACUUUGUCGAGUUCCGUAACAACAAGAUCGUCUAUCGCCGCUACGCCGGGCUCUUCUUCUGCGCCUGCGUCGACACAAACGACAACGAGCUUGCCUUCCUCGAGGCCAUCCACUUCUUUGUCGAGGUCCUCGACGCCUUCUUCGGCAACGUCUGCGAGCUCGACCUCGUCUUCAACUUUUACAAGGUCUACGCCAUCUUGGACGAGGUCUUUCUCGCCGGCGAGAUCGAGGAGACGAGCAAGCAAGUUGUCUUGACCAGGCUGGAGCAUCUCGACAAGCUGGACUAA